AUUCAAUUGUGUACGGUUAGCUUUAGAUUAAUGCGCGUGAAACAAAUAAGCUCCGAUAUUAACCUAAAUUUUGUAUCAGAUUAAAAAUUGGUUUUUCGCAGUCUGUAUUACAGAGAUGAUUAAUACCUAUGAAGAACAAGUAAAUCCUGCAAUACAACCAUGAAACUAUUUGUUCCUAUAUUAUGUAUAGUACUAAUUCACAAUGCUUCUGCUGCAAGAAUUUUGGUGUUAUUACCACAUAUUUACCUCAGUCAUUUUAAAGCGACAUCAACAUUAGUAACAGAGCUGAAUGCUCGAGGACAUGAAAUUACGUUGGUUAGUCCCUACCCAAAUGUAAUUAAUACUUACUAUAAUAUUACAGAAAUUGAUAUAAGAGAUGUUAUAGAACCCAUAGCAGCUUUUACCACAAAAACAUUAAGCAGGACGAUAAGCUCAAGCCACUCAUCAUACUUUUGGUCACAUCUUCAAUAUACUAGCCAAAUUGGUUAUCAAUACGCAAAACAAAUAUUUGAAAAUAUAAACUUUCAACGCCUAAUUCAUUCAAAUGCAACAUUUGAUUUGGUGCUUUUGGAGGAUGUUGGUGCCGAUGCUUUGACAAUUCUAGCUCAUAUUUGUAAAUGUCCUUUAGUAACAUUGCUUUCGGAGCCCGUAUCACAGUUUUAUAAAAUUUAUUUGACUGAUAAUAUUUUCUGGAAGCAAUUGAAUGAAAUUCAAAAUAGCCAUAUAUUUAUAAUGACAGAAAUAUAUAGAGAAUUUAUUACAAUUCCUUAUCAAAAUCAAUUAAUGAAAGAAAUAAUACCAGUAGCACCUGAUUUAAGAAAUAUUUUAUUUACAACUAAUUUGGUCCUACUACCAAGUUAUACGACUAUUGGAAAUCUUAUGCCUAAAUAUCUAAACGUUAAACAAAUUGGUGGUUAUCAUAUAGAUGAAACCAUAGCAUUACCCAAGAAAAAUAUUGACCUAUUUUACAACAAAGGAGGUAUCGUUAUUUCCAGUAAUUUGCCAGAUUUAGCAAAAGAGGCUUUGAAAAAGUUUAUCACCAAUAACAAGAUAAGCGAAUAUUUUAUUUUCACACCAGAUGUGGCUGAAGUUAUUGCGUACCGAAAUGUGAAAUUACUAAUAACCGAUGGAGAUGUAUACGAUAUAUCUUCGGCGAUUUUUCACCAUAUUCCAGUGAUAAGCAUAUCCGUAAAUAGGUGGCAGAAGCGAUUUUUGGUAGAUAUACUAGCAGAAAUGGGAUGUGUUUCAAUAGUUUCUAUAGAUGAAUUAGAAUCUGCAAUAUUUUCUGAAGUUCUUAAUGAAGUAUUAUUAUCCAAUGGCACCAGUUUCCAGCAACAGCUGCAACUAGCCUCAAUAGUUUUGAAUACUCACCCCAUAUGGCCAAGGCAUGAAGCAGUUUUUUGGAUUGAACAUGUAUUAGAAUUACAAGGGGCUUCAUACUUAAUUCCACGCCACUUGAGAUGGACUAAUAAAAACCACCUUAUUUUAUUAAUCAUUGUACUGACAAUAAUCGAUAUUGUACUGUUAAUAAUAUUUUAUUGGAUUUUUAGACAUUUGUUUAUCAUGCCAUUAUUAUUUUUCGGAAGGACAUUACGGCAAAAGUUAAAAAAUAGAAAACAAAAAGCUAAUACUCCAUAUAUUAAAUUGUAACUUAAAUUAUUGUAAUUACUAACAAAUAAUAUUAAAACUAAUCUGAUCUAAUCAUGUAAAAUAUAAAAAGCUCAAAAGUUAAUUAUAAUAUUUUAGAUUAUUAAUAUAUAGUGGGCCUGUCAAGGCUUCUUUAUUAGCUGUUUUGUAUUAAAAACGGUAUUGUUGUUGUUUUGUGUUUACGAAAAUCUAAUUUCAUUUUUAGAAAUUGCUAAUGAUAAUGUCAUUUUGGAAAAAAAUUAAGUAAGUAAUUAUUAAAAAAAAGUAAGGAUCCUGCGCUACAUAUUUUUAAGGAUUUUGUAAAUUUAAAAGUAAUAGAUAAAUUUAUUUUUUGUAAUCCUUAUCUAAAUUUUGUUAAAAGCUGUUAGCCGAAUAAAAUGUAGAGAGGAGCUUUUUAACUAAAA